AUGGAAGAAACCCAGCCGCGGACACGGCGACGGCACCCAGUGGACAAAUAUGGUCCGAAGUUUUUCGACAAGUCAGAGCACAUGCAGGAUCGGACUGCCGCCAUGAAGGCUGCUCUGAAUGGUGAUGAACCGUCCCGGUCAGAGCCCGCUGGGGGUUUCGAUAGUACUCCGUAUCCUUACGCACCACCGGGCUACACACUAAAGUUUACCUUCCAUCGCGGCGUCAAUCUUCCUUGUGCGGAUUUCGGUACUUUUUCCUCCGACCCCUAUAUUAUCGCCCAGUUAAUUGUCGGUCUACCCCAACGCCACAAGCAGGAUCCUCUUCUUUCCUUCCGAACCCCGACUGUGCGCAAAAAUCGGGAUCCAAUAUGGGAUAGUGAAUGGGUUGUGGCGAACGUCCCUGCGUCGGGGUUCCAAUUAAAAUGCCAUGUUUAUGAUGAAGACGCUGCAGACCAUGAUGACAAGCUCGGGAAUGUGUAUGUUGAGGUGGAUUCGGUCGGCGAACAGUGGCCCGGCAUCAAGGAGCAGAGCUUUCGUGUUAAAAAGCGCAUGGGAAGCAAGCGGGUCUACUUGUUCGGUAACAUUGCCGCUUUAGCAUCGCGACGUCUUGAUGUGGGGUCACAUAUAGUAAUCAGUGUGCAGUGCUUGGGAAGAACACAAAGCGAUGAAGGUGCUCAUGUGUACACUGUUGGGCCAAACUACUGGUUCAAGCACUUUUCUCCACUCAUUGGAAGAAUAGCGGGAACUAAAGAUGAAAUUCAGAGCCAGAAUGGUAAGAAGAAGAUCAUUACUCGCUAUAAUUUCCAGGCGAUCCAGAUACAGCUCAAGGGCCCUGUACCUGCCGAGCUCUAUCAUCGUUACGUCGAAUUCAAACCGUUUGUGGCCGGAAUGUUCACGUCUCACAGUCUUCGUGGGAGGAUACUCAACCGAGCCCUACACCAUCAGCAUGAGCGUAUCUACAACUUCGACAAGACCACUCUCAACGGACAAUUUCCUUCACCGUGUAUUGCACUCACGCAGAAGUUUCUUGAGUUUGUCCACUACGCGCAGGGCGGGAGGAUCUUCACUUAUGUCAUCACCCUGGACGGGCAAUUUCGCUUUACAGAGACAGGAAAGGAAUUCGGGAUCGAUUUGCUAAGUAAGCACACAAUGCAUAGUGAUGUAUCUAUCUAUAUCGCAUAUUCCGGUGAGUUCUUCCUGCGCCGACUGAAGCAUCGCCAUCACCGACACUCGGAAACAACACGCAAUUCGGGGACCAGUUACUCCGGUGAUGAGCAGCUGGAGGAGCCGGAGAUAUCAACUGAUCCGACCGAUUAUGAGCUCUUUAUCGACAACGAUAGCGGAACCUAUCGCCCAAAUGCCCAAUACCUUCCUCUGUUGAAGCGAUUCAUCUCAUCCAACCUGCCUGGUCUUAACGUGACCACGCUCGAUUGCAGGGGGGAUGUGGUGCAGAUGGAGGCUCUGAAGAAUGAGCAAAGAGAAUUCAAAAAGAACGAGGGAAAUCACAUGAUCUUCCUCCAGCGCAGCAAUAGCUCGUCGCUUUCUUUAUCCAGCUCAGAUGAAGAUGAGCUGAAUGAGCGUAGUGGUUCACAACCUAAACCACGAGACAGCUUUACGCAAAAGGUACAUGACAUGCGUGACGUGAAAGGUCAAAUGAUGAGAUGGGCACAAGCAGACAAUAAUGACAGCCCAAAAAAUCAGGAGAGCUCUUCUGAGCGGCAAAUGACUGCAGCUGCAAAAAAGGCAGGCUCAUGUAAGCCUGCCGAAGAGAACAGUGUGGUUGAGUGA